GAGACAAGCGGACAGGCUUUGGCAGGUGACGUCAGAGCGCUGGUCUCGACAUGGCGGCGUCCCAGGACAGUGGCUUGAAAAAUGUGGUUUGGCAGAGGAUCAAAACUGAAAUCCUGGGUGACUGCAGGAAACCAGAUGAAUGGAAGAUUCUUAUAUUGGACUUUUUUACAACAAAGUUGUUAACAUCAUGUUGCAAAAUGACAGAUUUAUUGGGAGAGGGUAUUACAGUUGUUGAAGAUCUUUAUAAAAAAAGACAACCAGUAGUGGAAAUGAAAGCCAUAUACUUUAUAACUCCUACCGAAAAGUCUAUAGAUUGUUUGGUGAAUGACUUCAAGAAUAAACCUUCCAAAUAUAAAGCUGCUUACAUUUACUUUAGUGAUGUUUGUCCAGACAGCCUGUUUGCCAAGCUAAAAACAUGCCAGCCCAAAUCAAUUAAAAGAUGCAAGGAGAUUAAUAUUUCUUUUUUUCCAAAGGAAUCCCAGGUGUUCCUACUAAAUAUCCCUGAUGCCUUUUACCUGUUGUACUCUCCGCAUAAAGAAGAUGACAAAGAAUCAGUCCUGGAAUCUAUGGCACAGCAAAUUGUGACCUUGUGUGCAACACUAGAUGAAAACCCUGGAGUGCGUUAUAAAAAAGAUUCACUGGAUAAUGCAGAGAACUUGGCAAAUUUGGUUGAAGAAAAACUUGUUUGGUAUUACAGAAUGGAUGAAAAGGACCAGUUUAAGAUUAAAACUCCAUCUCAACUGCUCAUUUUAGACAGGGGAUUUGACCCAGUGUCUACUGUGCUGCAUGAACUUACAUAUCAAGCAAUGAUCUAUGACCUCCUAACUGUAGAAGAUGAUAUUUAUAAAUAUGGUGCUGACCGUAUGUCUACUUCAAAGGACAAAGAGGCACGGUUAGAUGAAUCUGAUGAACUAUUUGUUAAAAUUCGUCAUAAACACAUUGCUGGUGUCUUGGAAGAAAUUCCAAAGCUGGUCAAAGAAAUAUCUUCCAACAAAAAGGAAAUCGAAGGAAAGCUCACCAUUGGUAACCUGUCCAAUCUGAUGAAAAAAAUGCCCCAUUUUAAAAAGCAGAUUGGCAAGCAAGCUCUCCAUCUCACAUUGGCAGAGGACUGUAUGAAGAAAUUCCAGCCGCACCUUGAGAAGCUGUGUAAAGUUGAACAAGAUCUGGCCUUAGGAACGGAUGUUGAUGGGCUAAAGGUGAAAGAACAUAUGCGUGUCCUGCUUCCAGUCUUGCUUAACAAAGACUUGGAUAAUUAUGACAAGAUAAGAGCUAUCCUCCUUUACAUCUUCGUUGAGAAUGGAACAACACAGGAGAAUUUGGACAGAUUGAUACAACAUGUCAAGAUUGAGAGUGAUGGGGAUGUGUUAAAGAAUUGGAAGCACAUUGGGGUUCCUAUUAUCCCAAGGUCAUCACAACGUAAGCCAACGAGGAGGGACCGGUCAAAUGAAGAAACCUUUCAACUCUCACGGUGGACGCCUUUAAUUAAAGAUAUUAUUGAGGACAAUAUAGAGAACAAGUUAGACUCCAAGGAGUGGCCAUACUGUUCAGAGUGCCCAGCAGCAUGGAACGGCUCUGGAGCAGUGAGUGCACGACACAAACAGAAUACCAUGUCUCGAGAUGACAGGAAGACUAUGUCUAAGCUGAUUAUUUUUGUAAUUGGCGGUAUCACGUAUUCAGAAAUCCGCAGUGCCUACGAAGUGACACAAGCUAAUAAAUUUUUUCAGGUUUUAAUUGGUUCUACUCACAUUAUCACUCCAAGAAAAAUGUUGGAUGACGUAAAGGACCUUACAAAACUUCGGGCCCCUAAAGACACCUUUACCAUAUUAGAAGAGGUUUAAAGUAUGUACUAUAUCUGACAGGAAAACAUAUCAGCACCUUGAGAUUUAUUUGUAUUUAUCUAUUUUUAUAGAUCUGCGUGUAUUUUUUUAUACACAACAACUGGAAUUGUUGACAUAGGAAUAUUGUCUCCGUAAAUAUAGUUCACCUUGCAAACAAUUUCAUUUUUCUGAUUCUUUUAACCACUGAAAUUCUGCACAACACACUGAAAUAUCAGCUUGUCAAUCUUGUUUGUUUCACUAGUAAUGAGUUAUACAUGUAUGUAUGUAUUUUCAUUUAUAAACACUUACACAUAUGUAAAUAUAUGGAUGACUAAACUUUCUCAAUAAUUUCUGGGACAGUAACACUAAUUUAAUCGCCAGCUUUCUUCAAUUGACCCAAAAAGAAAAGCAACUAAAAGUAUCUAACUUUUAAUAAAUGUGGAAUAAUUGAAAUUAAAUUAAAAGAAAUGCUACUAUGUCUGACAUUCUAAAUUAUAAAUACGGUUAGCCAGGCAUAUACAUCUGGGUUUUGUGUCAUCUUUGUGACACAUCAUCCACCUAUGCUAUAAAGGCUUGGCAUAAUUUUACAUUUAAUCACUGCCUUAAAAUGCGUUCUACUCGUUCAUUUUUGUUUCAAUUUCUUUUCUUUUUUUUAAACCUGUAUAUUUCAAUAUAUCUACAAAAAGGCUUUGCUUAACUUAAUUUUUAAUUAUUCUAACUGCAUUUAUUUUUUCACAUGUUAACUUUUAUUCCCUUGUAGUGGAAAAGGGAAAACAAACUUUUGUGCCUUGAGUUUGAAUAUUAAAAACUUUUUAGUUCUUAUAAUUUGAUGUGUGUAAGUAAUCUAUGCAAAAAUAUAAAAUAAAAAUGGUUUUAAUUUUA